AUGGGGACCUUAGCUCCGGGGCUGUCGAGGAAGCUGAAGAAGGUCCUGGAAUCGAGGACCGACACGCCGGAGGUCCUGGGAUCUCUCAACACCCUCUCCACCUUCUACACCGACAACACCCCACAGGCCCGCCGCAACCUCAGAUCCACCAUCGAGAAGCGCUCCCUCGACAUCAACGAGGAGUUCCUCCAGGCAUCCCGUGCCUCCCAGCUGUCCCUGGAUCGCGUGGAGGAUGAGGUCAAUGCGCUCGCUGACUGCUGCGACAGGAUUGCGAAAGCAUUGAGCAGUUGCAGUACUAGCACGGGUGACAUAAUUAGUACCACGGAAAGGCUUAAACAAGAACUUGAAAUGACCACGCAGAGGCAAGAGAUAGUGUCGUGCUUCCUACGCGAUUACCAGCUCUCUAACGAAGAGAUUAAUGCGCUGAGAGAAGACGACCUCAGCGAGAACUUCUUCGAGGCGCUUUCUCAUGUUCAGGAAAUUCACUCGAAUUGCAAGAUACUUCUUCGGACACAUCACCAACGUGCAGGUCUGGAACUUAUGGAUAUGAUGGCUGUCUACCAAGAAGGAGCAUAUGAGCGCCUCUGCAGGUGGGUUCAAGCAGAGUGUAGAAAACUUGGUGACACUGAUAAUCCUGAGGUCGGAGACCUUUUGAGAACAGCUGUCCGUUGCCUCAAAGAAAGGCCAGUGCUCUUCAAGUAUUGUGCUGAAGAGGUGGCUAAUUUGAGGCACAAUGCAUUAUUUAGAAGAUUUAUUAGCGCUCUUACGCGUGGAGGACCUGGUGGAAUGCCAAGACCUAUCGAAGUGCAUGCUCAUGAUCCCUUGCGAUAUGUCGGAGACAUGCUGGGAUGGCUGCAUCAGGCUUUGGCGUCUGAAAGAGAGCUUGUCCUUGCUUUACUAGAUCCAGAUGCGGCAGUAGAUACUGGACCAAAUGCUAGCCGGUUCUCGAAGAAUUCCGAGGCAGAUUCUGGAAAAACAGAAUCAGACAUGACUUUUGUUCUGGACAGAAUUUUUGAGGGUGUUUGCAGGCCAUUCAAAGUGAGGGUUGAACAAGUGCUGCAGUCUCAGCCCAGCUUCAUUGUAUCAUAUAAACUCAGCAAUACCCUCGAGUUUUACAGCUACACUAUAUCAGAUCUGCUGGGGAGAGAGACAGCUCUCUGUAGCACACUUUGGGCGUUGAAGGAUGCAUCUCAGAAGACAUUCUUUGAGAUUCUGAAAACCAGAGGUGAAAAGCUCUUGCGCUAUCCUCCACUGGUUGCCGCUGAUCUUUCUCCACCACCGGCUGUUAGGGAGGGAGUCUCCUUACUACUAGAAAUUAUUGAGACUCAUAAUAGCAUGAUGGUUCCUGCAUCUACAAACGAACCAGCUUUUGAUCCAGUUAUUUCUGCACUGCUCGAUCCUAUUAUUCAGAUGUGUGAACGAGCUGCUGAGGCUCACAAGUCAAAGGGAGUCAGCCACUUAUCAAGAAGAAGGAUGAGUACAGAGUCCAGCCAAAUUAGUAAAUCAUCUGUUGAUGCAAUUCUCUCCACUGGUAGUCCUGCCCCGGCAUCUCAGAAUAGCGAGAGACCAUCAAAGAUAUUCCUCAUCAACUGCUUAUGUGCUAUCCAACAGCCCUUGCUUGGGCAUUCUGUAGCUUCUGAGUAUGCGAAGAACAUAGAAACAAUGAUCAACAACCACAUGCGCAUUCUAGUAGACAAAGAAGUCGAUGCCAUCCUUAGACGGUGCGGCCUAUCAGACAAGAUGCCUCUCUUCUACCGCGCUCUCGAGAAAGAAUCAAACACGGGUAGUGUGGCGGGUGGGACUCAGGGUGGGACCCAGUUAGCUGAGUCCGAGGAAACAUCUCCAGCUGCUCUCUCGGAGUGCCUGAAAGCUCUGUUCGGUCUAAUCUUGGGGAGCGAGAGCUCCCUUCCCGAGUUUGAGCAGAUGCAGGUCCCAAAGCUGCGGUCGGAAGCUUGCAUUCAGGUGGCAAAAUCUCUAGCUGAAGCUUACGAGGUGAUUUAUAAUGUGAUUAUGGAUCCAAGCAAUGGGUAUCCCGACCCGAGAUCAUUGGCCAGACAUCCUCCGGACCAGAUAAGGACUAUUUUAGGUAUAUGAGAGUACAAUACGUCGCCAAGGCUGUUUCUUUUACAUGUAUUUUCAAUUUUUUUUUUUAUUCUGUGUUGCAUAUCGAUUUAUUUGGACGGACAUGCCCAACAAAUAAUCGAUGAGCAAGUUGUAACUGGAAGUUGUUACGUAGGAUACAUACAUACAGUAGUGGAACAACCUAAAUAUUGACGGUGCAUUUGGUUUCGGAGUUAAAGUAAUUUUGAUUUUGAUUGUGAAAAAAGUCAAA